AUGUCUUCCCGAAAGAAGGUUCUUCUCAAGGUUAUCAUCCUGGGCGAUAGCGGUGUUGGCAAGACCAGCUUGAUGAACCAAUAUGUCAACAAGAAGUUCAGCGCAAGCUACAAGGCUACCAUCGGUGCCGAUUUCCUAACUCGAGAGGUUCUGGUUGAUGAUCGACAAGUUACUAUGCAGCUAUGGGACACGGCUGGCCAAGAACGAUUCCAAUCUCUCGGUGUUGCGUUCUACCGAGGCGCCGACUGCUGCGUGCUAGUCUACGAUGUCAACAAUGCGAAGAGUUUCGAGGCGCUCGACAGCUGGAGAGACGAGUUCCUCAUCCAGGCUUCUCCCCGGGACCCUCCCAACUUCCCUUUUGUUGUUCUUGGUAACAAGAUCGAUGUUGAGGAGAGCAAGCGAGUGAUUUCCAACAAGCGAGCCAUGACCUUCUGCCAGUCCAAGGGCGAUAUCCCUUACUUUGAGACAAGUGCCAAGGAAGCCAUCAACAUCGACCAGGCUUUUGAGGUGAUUGCCCGCAAUGCUCUGGCCCAAGAAGAGUCUGAGGAGUUCAGCGGCGAUUUCGAUGACCCGAUUAACAUCCACAUCGAGAACGACCGCGAUGGCUGCGCUUGUUAA